AAUGCUGUGUGCUGUGCCGAGGAGCCCUGAAGAUGAUUUCAUAUUGUCCCAUAUGUGGAAAGCCUGUUUACUUCGCUGAGAGGAAGCGUUCUCUAGGCAAAGACUAUCAUCCCCUUUGUCUGAAGUGUUACCAGUGCAAACGGCAGCUCAGCCCCGGCCAGCACGCAGAGUAUGAUGACAAACCCUACUGCAAUCACUGCUACCUGCAGCACUUUGGACCAAGAGGAAUAAGACGGCCAACGUCUCGCUCAUCUCUUGGGGCAGCUUCCUCCUCCAAAGUUCCAGUGGGAAACCAGAACAGCUCCUAGAUGGCCCUGCUUUAAUAUUCAAAACUCGGAGACUCGUUACUGGACUGUGAUCAAGUAGCAAGAUGGCAUUGUAUUUUUACCCACAGACUAAGAAAAAUGCAGCUGAAGAAGAAUGUUGCUUCUGAGAACGACUGAUAAUCCAGACAAGUCAUAAGAGAACAUGCUUCUAAACUGAAAUCCCUCCUACUGCAGAUUAAAAUUGUGCUGUGAUAAAUGAAUUUUAAUGAGCUACAAUGAAUUUUAAUGGGAUAUAUUCUUGUUUGUGUGAAGGGGACAUAUUCAUAGCAUCGACUUGAUUUUCUAACAGCUUAGAAAUUGUUGGUUUACUCAUCUGUUACCUGAAUUGACACUGAAAUCUGUAAAUAAUGAUCUCUUUACCAGUAUAACGGACUUCCAGGUGGAAACUUUCUCAGCAAUGAUCGAUAGGUGUCUCCAAUUAUUCCCUGGUUGGACAACUCAGAUGUACAAAUCUCUCCACCUCAUCUUCUCCAGUAGGGCAAAAAGCUGGAAGCUUGGAACCCAUUACUAUCAAUAUUUCCCCAGCUUUCUUUGCUGAAUCGGUCUUUGACUGGCAGCUGUUGGGAAUGUCAGCACAUACCUUGGUUACUCUAGCUAAGAAACGGUCAUCUCUAUCAUGGUGCAAUUUGUCUUCAUGUGUACGUGAGUUGGAGUGGAUGGAACAGUAGCCCAGGGAUAGCAUUUAAGUCCUGUAAAGACACAUGUAUGUCUCUGCAUUUGCCCAGUCACGGAUGCCUCCCACCCUAAAUUCCUAUUAGAACCAGGGUCCUGACUCAGUCCCCUGAACUUUAAGCAUGUGAGUAGGGCCAUUGAUGUCCAUGGUCAGAGUCUACGCUCCUCUAGUAUUGAUCAUUUGUUUUCCCCAUCAAGUAUUGUUCUGAUACACAAAAUUACAGGCUAUUUUUGAAUUAACAUUGCUAAUCCGUAUAACUGGAGUUUAAUGGGUCUUUACACCCCCCCUCAUUUUCCCCACAUUCUUCCAUUGUACUGAAUGAUCAGACCUAAAGGAAUUUCACAUCAUUAAACAUCCACCCACACCCCAAUCAAAGAAAUACCAAUUCAUCUGCAUUUUUAUACAAAAGCAGACUAGAAUUAAUUAAUGGAAAGAAACUCCAGCAGAAUGGAAGAUGUGAUGUUCUCGUACUGAAAUGCCUGGCUUAUUAAAUCUCUACUCCUUGUAAAAUAGAUGAUGGAUUUUUAAUGUGUGCUCUGGAUUCCAAUGAGCCAAAGUGAACUUGAAAACUCCCAAUUACUGUAGUUUUUGCCAUAGAUGUCACUGUGAAUAAGUGGUGGUAUCAUUUCAAUAUGUGAAAUAGACUUCUCCAUUUCUGUUUCAAUCUGCAUUCCAAGUUUGCAGAAUUUCUUUCACUAUUAUGAAUCAUUCUCACCUUUUUCAGUCUAAUAUUUUAUGCAACAAGUUCACAUAAUUCUUCCCUCUGAAAAUCAUACAAUCCAGUUGGCAGUUGCCUGGUAUCCUUUUUAACUUAGCUACUGGUGCAUGCAAAUGGUAAACACCAAGAGGAUGAUGUUGUUAGCAACUUUGAUGCAGUUAACCUGAGUUACAGAAAUGGAGAACUUUUCCUUGUAGGUGGCUUCAGUCUACAUCACAUCACAGGAUAGGCCUGGGGUUCUCAAACUUCAUUGCGUUGCAACUCCCUUCUGACAACAAAAAUUACUACGGGACCCCAGAAGGGGGGAACCGAAGCCUGAGCCCACCCCAGCCCCACCACCCAGGGUGGUGGGGGGGCAAAAGCCAAAGCCCCAUUGACCUAGGCUGGGGGGACCAAAGCCCAAGGGCUUCAGCUUCAGGCAGCCCCUGUAACCUUAGUCCCACUGCCCAAGGCUGAAGCCCUUGGGCUUGGGCUUUGGCCCUGGGCCCCAGAAAGUCUAAGCCAGCCCUGGCAACCCCAUUAAAAUGGGGUUGCGACCGACUUUGGGAUCCCGACUCACAACCGCUGGGAUAGGCCAUUGCUGAUUGGCUACAAACACAUUUUUUGUGUUUUUCAAAAAAAUCAAGAAAAAACAUCUAAAAUAAGUCACUGGGAUGCCAAAGGCUCUGAGUGUGAUUGCCUAUCACCAAAGGCUAAAUUGUACAGCUGAUCCAAAAGGCCAAUUAUUUUUCAUGAGAAAUGAAUUUAUUUCCCCCCCUAAAUGAUCCACAACGUGGUUUUAUUAUUA